CAUUUCAGCACUGGAUACAACAGAGGGAGCUUCAAAGAGACCCAGACUGUCUACCCAGAGAGGAGAGGGAACCUCACACCGGCGGGCUGUGAUGCGUAGCGGGGCUCUGCUGGCUGAACAACACAUCGAUGGGAUAAAACCUCCCGGUCACAUUUAACCGCGUAUUGUGUGUAGUGUAUGUAGGCUAUGUGUGUGUGUGCGUGUGUGUAUGUGCGUGCCGCGAGGACUGAAGAAAUGCUCUUGUAGCGCGAGCGCGAAUGACACUAUCGCCCGCGAGUUUGCUUCGCAGAAAUAUUCGGCGGUGCCCUAACUUGGAGCCGUUUGGACGUUGAGCAAGUUUUUUUCUUUUGGUUUGUUGUUGUUGUAUUUACUUCAAAUAACAUUCGAGUCGUUUACUUGGAGAACCCCCCCCCCCCCCCUAAAAAAGAAAAGAAAAAAAAGCCCAGGACGAGAUGGAGAGCGACAAGUACUUGCCGGAGCUUAUGGCAGAGAAGGACACGCUGGACCCGUCUUUUCAGCACUCUAUGCGGCUACUGGAUCAAGAGAUCGAAAAAAUUCAGAAAGAUGAGGGGAAGGAAGAGGAGAAGUUCAUUGACGUCGUCAUCAACAAGAACAUGAAACUGGGCCAGAAAGUUUUAAUACCCGUCAAGCAGUUUCCUAAAUUUAACUUUGUCGGCAAACUCCUCGGGCCACGCGGGAACUCGUUAAAGAGACUACAGGAGGACACUCUCACAAAGAUGUCAAUUCUCGGAAAAGGAUCCAUGAGAGACAAAGAAAAGGAAGAAGAGCUACGGCAAAGCGGCGAGGCCAAAUAUCACCACCUGAACGAAGACCUACACGUCCUCAUCGAGGUGUUCGCACCGCCGGCUGAGGCCUACGCCAGGAUGGGUCACGCUUUGGAGGAGAUCAAGAAGUUUCUCAUACCAGAUUACAAUGAUGAAAUCAGACAGGCCCAGCUGCAGGAGCUCACAUACCUGAACGGCGGCUCAGAGGAUGCCAAGGUGCCAUCGGUGAGGGGCAAGUCAGUCGCCCGUGGAAGAGGGACACCUGUUCCAGGGCCUCCCAGGAGUCGAGGAGGAGUUCCUCCGCUGCAUGCGGCGGUGCCCCGAGGAGCAGCACCCAGAGGAGCCCCGCCAAUCCGGGCUCCGUCUUCCAGAGGGAGGGGGGUUCAGAGAGCCAGAGGCGCUCCCCCAACUGCAGGGUACCGGCCGGCUCCUCCCAUAGUUCAGGACACAUAUGGCGAAUAUGAAUAUGACGACGACUACGGAACAGCUUACGAUGACCAAGGAUAUGAAUCAUAUGACAACAGCUACAGUAAUCAAGGACAAAACUCAGAUGACUACUAUGAAUAUGGACACAGUGGGGAAUCAUAUGACUCAUACGGUGUGGAAGAGUGGGCAAACAAUCGUGGCAAGGCACCGCCGGCGCGAACAACCAAGGGAGUGUACAGAGAUCAGCCAUACACCAGAUAUUGAACUGUUUAUACAACCUGCACCUGAGUCCUCAAGGCUGUUUCAACCCAAGUAAUGGAUUUUUUUAUGGACGCUCCCACCUUUUUAGAAUUGAAAACUAAACCGCAAAAUAACAAAAAAAAAAAAAUGUAAACGGCAAAAGGGAGACACUGAAUGAAGUAAAAACCGGCUUCCAAAUAUGGCAUCCCCCCACCCCUGAUUAUAAAAUCAUACUCCCACUGGUAAAAAUGUGCAAAGCAAUUUAGGUAAUCUAUCCUUUCCUCCAGGUGAAAUCGACUGGACGUUGCGAUUAAGAAAGACUCGAUAGUACAUGAAGUAUCUCUCUCAGCUAUGUGAUAGGGAAGAGUGACACCGUACCAAGCUACUUUACUUGGUAAUGAUUAGUGAAUCACUGCAAGCUGUCGAUACAAUGUUUCUACACAGCUGCCAGCGCAACUUAAUUUAUCACCCUCUAUUCUUCAAACCUUGAACUGCGUGGUUGAUCACUUUAAAAUGUAGUAGCUUAGUUCUAGGAAAGUGCAGUACUGUAGAUAUUUCGUCAGAGGGGUAAUUGGUGAAAUUGUGUCCCUUGUAAAUGAAACAUUUACAAACUGAAAAAGAGAAAAAACUCAUACUGUAUACAUAUUGUUUUUGCUGUUUUCUCCUUUUUGUAAAAAUAAUAGUUCUUUAGUGUUAAAGGGCUUAUAAAAGCAUGGUGUGCAACUGUGGAUAUUGUCUGCUGUUUUAUUCUGAGAAAGCCUAUGUAGUUGUGUUCAUGAUUAUGCCCCCUAAAACAUCCACUUUAAUACGUCUAUAAAUAGCCGCUCAUACGUUAUGUACAGCGAACAACCAGAGCUGCAAAACAAUCCAGGAGCUGUUUUCAUUAUUGUGAAAUAUUUAGAUGCUCUAAAUAAGUAAUUUUGAUGUCGUUUUUCUUUUUUAAUUAUUUAAUACCAGAUACUUUUCUGACUUUGUAGGCUUAACAAUCACUCUUAAGAUAUAAAAAAUCCCAUGCUGGUGAUUGGUAAUCAUUUCCAUCUAGAGAUGUGUUUCAACUAUAAUCAUUUGAGCUUAUGUAAGCCCUUUAAUAUUUUCUUCUUUGUUGAUGCUGAAUAAACAUUUUGAAAGAAA